AUGGCUGUAGAUUGGUGUCGUGGCAAAUUUUGCUCAGACUUCAACAAACUUGUAUGAUUUCAGAAUGAAGACCAUUCUCAGCAGCCAGACUGUCGACCUCCCCGACAAUGUGGAAGUGAGGUUAAAGGGGCGAACGGUGACUGUCAAAGGGCCCCGUGGCAAGCUCACCAGGGAGUUCAACCACAUCAACUUGGAGCUUAGCCUGCUGGGCAAGAAACAGAAGAAGCUUCGUGUGGAUAAAUGGUGGGGAAACAGGAAGGAGCUGGCCACAGUGCGCACCAUCUGCAGCCACGUCCAGAACAUGAUCAAAGGUGUCACUCUGGGUUUCAGGUAUAAAAUGCGAUCUGUGUAUGCCCAUUUCCCCAUCAACGUGGUCAUUCAGGAGUCAGGAUCUCUGGUAGAAAUCAGGAACUUCUUGGGAGAGAAGUACAUUCGUCGCGUCAGAAUGAGGCCAGGUGUGAUGUGUGCAGUCUCCUCUGCUCAGAAGGACGAGCUGAUCCUGGAGGGUAACGACAUUGAGCUGGUGUCAAACUCAGCGGCAUUGAUCCAACAGGCCACCACGGUCAGAAAGAAGGACAUCAGGAAGUUCCUGGAUGGCAUCUACAUCAGCGAGAAAACCACCGUGGUGGAGACGGAUGUCGACUAAAUACUCCCCUCCUGUUAAUGACCAACAAAAAAUAAAGUCCUUUUUCCAAGUUA